AUGAGAAUUUCACGUGAAAUUAAAUUUUUGAAUCUCGGCGAUGGAUCUUCGAACGUCGUCAUUUCACCAUUUUCCAUCGAACAAAGUCUUUCGAUCAUCGCAUUAGCUGCUAAUGGCAACACUUCCACCGAGCUUCAAGCCCUUUUGGGACACAAAUCCGACUUUUUGUUGGAAUCCUUGUCAUCGCACUCCAAAUCUUACAUCACCGCAAACCGAGUUUACGUUUAUUCAGACCGCAGCUUGAACGAAGAGUUCCAGUCGACGAUCGAAAAACGCGUUGGAUAUGCCGUCGCCGAGUCAAUUGACUUUAGAAAUAAUUACAGGGCGGCUCUAAAAAUCAACGGAUGGAUCGCAAACCAAACGGACCAAAAAAUUCAAGAUUUAAUUAAUCCCGAUGCGAUCACCGGAGACACGCGAGUCGUUUUGGUAAACGCAAUUUACUUCAAAGGCAACUGGAAAUACAAAUUCGAGAAGGAAAAUACGUUCACGGACGAUUUUUACGUGACCGAAACUCAAAAAAAGCCAAUGGAGUUCAUGCAACUGAAGACCGACUUCCGUUACAACGAAUUUAAAGAUCUCGAUGCGACUUGCGUUGAAUUGCCGUAUGAGGAUGAAAAUGUCGCGAUGUAUGUCGUGCUGCCCCGAAAACGCACCGGCCUGAAGGAUGUACUCCAAAAAUUCUACAAAAUUGAUUUUCACACGGAAAUUGUCGAAAACUUGAUUGAACAAAAAGUUGACGUCACCCUUCCUCGAUUCACGACUGAAUUCAGUACAAAUUUGAACACGGCCUUGAAAAAAAUGGGAGCAAAGACGAUUUUCAGUGGCAAAGCUGAUUUUAGUAACUUAGUCAACUCCCCAGAACCGAUCGAACUGAGCGAAGUCAUCCACAAAGCGGUCUUGGAGGUGAACGAAGACGGAGUUGUGGGAGCUGCAGCAACGGAAGAAGUCCUAGUGAGUCGUUGUGCCCCGAUUUGCGAGUAUUUGGAGGCCGAUCAUCCAUUCUUGUACGUAAUUUACGAUCGAAAUGCCCGUCAAAUGUUAUUUUUGGGAGAAUUUCAUUCGUAA